UGUGGAGACACUUCGUUGGGAAGUCGACCUAACGUUAACUUGAGUCCAUGACGACAGCGUCCAAGGCGAAGCGAUGGUUCCCAUUGGAGUCGAAUCCUCAAGUCAUGAACGAGUACAUCAGGCGAAUGGGUAUUCCCGAGGAUGCAGACUUUGCCUUCUGUGAUUUGUACAGCACUGACGAGUGGGCAUUGGAGAUGGUGCUCCGGCCUGUCUUGGGAGUUGUCAUGCUCUUUCCGAUCAAGCCCGUGAGUGAGCUCCAUGCCAAGGAGCAGCUCGAGCGCAUUGAAAAGGAGGGCCAGAUCGUUUCGCCUAACGUGUACUUCAUGAAGCAAACUGUCGGCAAUGCUUGCGGCACUGUUGGAAUCUUGCAUGCGCUUGGAAAUGCCAAAGAUUAUUUGCCUCCUCGUGAUGGCAGCUUCCUCAGUUCGUUUUUCUCCAAGACCGUUGGCAAAACACCCGACGAAAUCGCGGCUAUUCUGCAAGACGACGACGAAAUUGAAGAAACCCAUGCAUCGGCAGCUCAAGAGGGCCAGUCCGAACAACUCGAGCGAGUGGACGAUCCCAUCAAUACGCAUUUUGUCUGUUUCAGUGUCGUGGACGGGCAUUUGUACGAGCUGGACGGCCGCAAGAAGUUUCCAGUCAAUCAUGGCCCGUCGUCCCAGGAGACUCUGCUCGAGGAUGCGUGCAGGGUGAUUCGUCAAUUCAUGGCUCGCGACGAGGGCGAAGUCCGCUUUACGAUUGUCGCGCUAGCAAAAGCCCUAACAGACUAAAGAUAACCCCGACGCCGUUUUGUCUCGGAGAAGUUUGUCACAGUCGUAUUAAAUAGGUUGUGAGUACUAGUUUGAAUAUCACGGAGCGAUCAGUCGUAUCAGUCGAUUGCCAGCGUCUCCGACGUAGAUGAAACCAUCCGCAUCGACUGCGACGCUCAUGGGAUUGCCAAACGUUGGUGCCUGUG